AUGGCAGCGACGCACAACCCGAUGCGGGCGUCCACCCCGCCGCCCGCCGUCUCCAGGACGACGAUCCACAUGUCUGGCCUCUUGUGCGACGUCUACGGUCUCGAGGAGCUCGUCGCGCGCGAGAAGCGGCCGUCGGCGGCGUCGUGUCUGUGGCUUCAUCACCCGCGGUUGCGGGCCAAGGAGGAUAUGGAGGAUAUCGCGAGCCGUGUGAUUUCCCGGUGGGAGGAGAAUUCUUCUUCUUCUUCUUCGUCGUCAUCUUCUGUGUCUGGCGGCGGCGGCAGAGCCCUCAUCGCCGUGGCGUUUGACCAGCAGAACCACGGCACCAGGACGGCGUCGGCGACGGCGAGGGACAGCUGGCGCGAGGGGAACAAGACGCACGCGCUGGACAUGUGGGGGAUGGUCUCGGGUAUGGUGGCGGAUACCAAGGGGCUUCUGGACGUCGUGGAGGGGUACGUGAAGAUGGAGCUGGGGCAGAGGGAUGGGAAGGCGGCGGAGGGGUGGGGGAUUGAUCAGCAUCUCGUGCUCGGGGUGAGUUUGGGCGGGCAUAGUGCGUGGCAGACUAUGUUUAGGGAGGAGAGGGUUGAGGCUGGGGUUGUGAUUAUUGGGUGUCCUGAUUAUAUGGCUCUCUUGUCGGACCGGGCAAGGUUAUCCAAGCUGGCAACCUUUUCCGCGCAAGACAACGGCGCCUCGUUUCUGGGUAGCAGAGACUUCCCGCCCGACCUCGUGGCCUCUUGUCUGCGCCACGACCCGAAGGGUAUCCUGUUUGGCACCGGUGCCGUCCCAACCCCGGACAGUCUCACCACCGAAGACAAUGCCGAAGAGCGGAAGCGUCUCCGCGGCGUCCUGGACGGCCUACGCCUGCACGGUAAGAAAUUCCUCGUCUGCUCCGGCGGCGAGGAUAAGCUCGUCCCAUACGCCAUGUCUGCGCCGUUUUUGGAGUUCUUGACGGCUGCGACGGGGACGUGGUACCGUGACGCUGGGGUUGAGGUCGAGAAUAAGGUGUACGAGGGGGUCGGGCACGCGUUUAGCGAGGGGAUGGUGGAGGAUUCGGUCAGGUUUUUGGUUGAUGCUGUUGCUGGGAAGGAUGCCGGCGGCGUGGGGGCUGAGGCUGGUGAGAAGUCGAAGAUUUGA